UCUCACCUGUGCUGAAGCCCCGCCCCCUGCAGGUGUGUCUCUCUCUCUCUUCCUCUCUCUUCACUCCUCUCUCUCGCUCUUCAGAGAUGUUGGAGGACUCGGUCGGCCUCGCCGCCGUCACCGUGCUCGGCGUCCUGGAGCAAGCGUAUUUCUGUCUGCAGGUGAUCUAUGCCAGGAGGAAGUUCAAAGUCUCCCCCCCCUCCACUGCCGGCCCGCCCCAGUUUGAGCGGAUCUUCAGAGCUCAAGCGAACUGCUCCGAGUACUUCCCGAUCUUCAUCAUCGUCCUGUGGAUCUCCGGAGUCUUCUUCAGUGAAGCGCUGUCCUGCCUCUGUGGGCUUCUGUAUAUUUACGCACGUCUCCGGUACUUCCAAGGAUACUCAGAGUCUGCUGAGGGACGGCUGGACCCCCUGUACUCCAGCGCGCGGGUUCUCUGGCUGCUGAUCUGGUUCUGCGGGCUCGGGGUUCUGUUGUCGUUCUGCAGGAUCUACCUGAAGCUGGACCUGAUCAAAGGGCUCUACGCUGCCCUGGGCCUCGUCUGAAGGAGACAGCAGGAGAAAGGCAAAGGGCAAACAAACGGGCCGGUUCAUGUGACAAAAAAUAAAAAUAAACAUCAGAGGAAAUGUG